AUGAGUGAAGAACACGAUCCGCUGAUGGCUGCUUUUGAGAACGAGCGCUCUCAAGAGGGACAAGAUGGCGACCAGGAGAAGAGCAGUGAGAACGGUAGUGGCGGCAACCACGCAGACCAGCAGCAGCAAGGGCAGCAGCCUGCGGCUGCUGCUCCUGCUGCGCCGGAGGAUGAAGGGGCUCCAAAGUUAGAUCCGGAGCAGGAAGCGCGUGCGAAAGCGUUGAAUGAGUUCAAGAAGAAGUUGAUGGAACACAGGAGGUUCGAUGAUCAAUUGAAGCAACGCCGCCAAACCAUACGAGACCUGGAGAAGGUGCACGACAAGACAGAAAAUGACAUCAAGGCGUUGCAAAGCAUAGGUCAAUUGAUCGGCGAAGUCAUGAAGGAGCUGUCCGAGGAGAAAUACAUCGUGAAGGCUUCUUCGGGCCCACGUUACAUUGUUGGUGUGAGGAACUCCGUAGAGCGCUCAAAAUUGAAGAAAGGGGUUAGAGUCACUCUGGACAUCACUACUUUGACCAUUAUGAGGAUUUUGCCCCGUGAGACAGACCCAUUGGUUUAUAACAUGACAAGCUUCGAGCAAGGCGAGAUAUCAUUUGACGGCAUAGGAGGUUUGACGGAGCAGAUAAGAGAGCUGAGAGAGGUGAUAGAGCUGCCAUUGAAGAACCCAGAGAUCUUCCAAAGGAUUGGUAUCAAGCCACCAAAAGGUGUUUUGCUCUACGGGCCUCCAGGUACAGGUAAGACUUUACUGGCUAAAGCGGUGGCGGCCACCAUUGGCGCAAACUUCAUCUUCUCUCCGGCCUCGGGUAUUGUGGACAAGUACAUCGGUGAGUCUGCCCGUAUUAUCCGUGAGAUGUUCGCGUACGCUAAAGAACACGAGCCCUGCAUCAUAUUUAUGGAUGAGAUCGAUGCAAUUGGUGGUCGUAGGUUCAGCGAAGGUACCUCCGCAGACCGUGAAAUUCAACGGACUUUAAUGGAACUGCUUACACAGAUGGAUGGGUUUGACAACCUUGGUCAGACGAAGAUUAUCAUGGCUACAAACAGACCUGACACUUUAGACCCCGCCUUAUUGAGACCGGGGAGACUGGAUAGGAAGAUUGAGAUCCCAUUGCCGAAUGAGGCAGGCAGACUAGAGAUCUUCAAGAUUCAUACGGCGAAUGUGAAAAAAAGCGGCGAAUUCGAUUUCGAAGCUGCUGUAAAGAUGAGUGACGGUUUCAACGGUGCCGAUAUUAGAAACUGUGUGACUGAAGCCGGAUUUUUCGCAAUCAGAGAUGAUCGUGACCAUAUCAUACCGGAAGAUCUCAUGAAAGCAGUCAGAAAGGUAUCCGAGGUUAAGAAACUUGAAGGGUCCCUGGAGUACCAAAAGCUUUAA